CUGCGGUGCAGCAAGUCUCGGCUUGACCUUCCGCAAUGUCGUCCAAAAAGCGCGAGGAGCCGGCCAGCGUAGAUGAAGUCGGGCCCGGUCAAGCGUACCUCCCUUUCGUCGUAAUGGAGGACUUGUUGGACAAAUUGAAGCUUAUGAACUACGACACCGAGUUCACAACACAGUUUAAAGUCAAGCCUGUCAGCAGGCAUUAUUUCGCAGUGCCAACGAACCCGGGAGAACAGUUCUACAUCUUCUCUUCACUGGCGGCUUGGCUGAUCCAGCAAUCGGGCAUUGCGUUUGAAACACCACAGGAGUCGGAUGAUCCUAAUACGACAAUAUCAAAUAUCCUAGAUGUGCUUAGGAAUGCGGGCACCGCUAUCGACUUCCCUCCGAGUCGCCUGAAACAAGGCUGGGGAGAGCACGUGAUCUUCGUUCUCGACCAUUUGGCUGACAAGGCCCUCAGGAAAAAGCAGUUUGCAUGGAAAACGCUUUUGCCACCAGAAGAACAGCUCGAAGAAGAAACAGUGGUUGAUGAUGCCGCAGAGGUGACUCUGGAGAAAAUUGAAGAGGAGAUGAUGGAGGAGCAAACAGCGGAAGACGAGGACGAUGAUGACGGUCCAGUAAUGGACCUGGAUGGCUUGCGUACGCUAUCGGCUGGCCGCUUGGGUGGAUCAUCUCAGUUGAACAAGCCCGAGGAGAUUCUACAGUCAACGGUGGAUAGUGCCGAGUGGAAGCUGGAAGUGGAGAGGGUCUUACCCCAGCUUAGGGUUACUAUCCAACCCGAUGCCAAGGACUGGCGUGGUCAUCUGGAACUGAUCCACCAGCAACGUCGCGAGCUUGAUGAGGGCCUGCUUAUGACUCGAGCUCAGCUCGAGAGGCUGUCGGCUGGGCUUGGCUCAGUUCUAGACAAGCUGGCUACUCGCGAAAAAUACCUGAACGCACAGCUGGGCACCCUUGGCCAGUACCAGUCAGUGCAGGAGGCCCUGGGGCGCACACGUGAACACUACCGCACUGUCAGCGGGGGCAUCACCGACCGCUCACGUGCACUCGCACAGAUUACUGAAGAGCUGGAGCAAAUAAAACAAGAAAUGGAAGAGAGAGGCUCGAGCAUGACAGAUGGAACUCCCUUGGUGAACAUUCGUAAAGCGCUCAGCCGUCUCAAGCAGGAGAUAACGCAGAUGGAUGUGCGGAUAGGUGUAGCAGUGCACACUCUUCUCCAGGCCAAGAUUAAGGAGAAGGGAAAUCUCCAAGACAUGGCAGAUGCGCCGGCGGCCAGUUACGACUCUGUGUACUAGUUUUUUUUUCUUGCUUAGAAAGAACUCUCCUGAUAAUGAAAUCGCUUGCCGUUACUUUUUUGUGAUGUGUACCUGAUUUGUUGUUGAACCUUUUUUGGUGGAGUUUCUUUGUGCUAUAAUAGCAUUACUGCCAAUUUCCCCAAUUUACCACCAACAAAACUCCUUAUUUUUUAGCGGUCCUUCCAAUCGUGUGGUCGCAGUAAUAAAUUUCUGAAUAAAUCUCUCAAUACUUAA